AGUGGAUUUGAAGUUGAGUGGGUUAUAAAAAUGUUAAAGUGGUUCAACAAAAUUUAAUGUUAAAAUAUAUACAAUUAAGCUUUGAACAUGUAAAAUAUCAAAUUAUAGGAUCAAAUAAACAUUAGUCGUACAAAUAGAUUCUAUUAAAAGCAAUUUGUGUUACAUAGUCGGCGGAGAGAUGGACAAGUGAGAAGAUAAAUAAAUCAUACUGAGCGUUGCCUGUUUUUCUCAAAAGUCCCGAAUAAUUAGCAAAACACAUGUCAAGAAACAACAAUACAACUGGCUCAGAAAUUGUUUAUCAAACUUUCACUCAAAAUUCUUAUAAAUACAUAUGUACAUGAAUUAACAAACGGCAGACAGCCGUUUUCAAUCUCAGACAAAACAGCAAUACUUCGAUAAAUGAUAAAAAUGGCGUAAAGCGGUCAGUGGCCUUCUGACAGUGAGUGCAGCGCGUGUAAUUUGCACCAGAUAACCCCCCCUCCAAGCAAUCGCCCCUUGGAGGUAAGUUGCGAAGCGGACCUUUCUCUGUUUGCGGACAGUGACAUAGUGACCGUGUUAGCGGCGGAGGGCUCAUGCCAUGCACCAGUACAGCGUCGUGGUGCCGCUGGUGGUCGCCGCGUACUACCUGAGCGCCGCGCUCGCCGCCACCUCAAUCAGCAUGCGCCCCGAACCGGACCUCAGCUUCGCCGAGUCCGUCUACGCCAAACUCUCCGGUGCAUGUCGAGCGAUAAUGGACUUGCGCUACAACUCCAUGACUGACCAAAAAGAUCUCAUAAAAACUAUGAAGAUCAUACAGCUAGACGGGAGCACAAUUAGAACGUUCCCAAUUAAUGAAGCAUUUGUAAACCUAACGAAGCCUGGCAUUUUCGACAUAACAAAACAAACAAAAAUAGUCAUCCACGGUUACAAAGACAGUUCGCAAUCUGCAGUGCCUUUGGACUUAGCUACUGCUUACAACGACAAGAAAAUGUUCAACGUAUUUUUAGUGGAUGCAGAAGAAAUGAACAAAGAUGGAUACAUAUUAUCGGCACACAACGCGCGGCUAAUAGGUAAGAGACUUGCAAACCUGUUGGCUAAUCUAGAGCACUUUGGAGCGAAUGCCGAAGAUUUUCAUUUACUGGGAAUCAGCUUGGGUGCGCAUAUUGCAGGAUGGGCCGGGAAAUAUUUCCAACAGUAUAAAGCGCGCAGCUUAGGACGCAUUACUGGGUUGGAUCCCGCAGGCCCGUGCUUCUCAUAUGCAUACAGUGGACAGCGACUAGACAAAUCCGAUGCCGCGUACGUAGAUGUACUGCACUCGAAUAGAUUAAUACAAGGAAUUAUCGAACCACUCGGACAUGCAGAUUUCUACAUAAAUGGUGGAGGACCGAAUCAACCGGGAUGUUUCAUGCCGUCUUGCAGUCAUCUUCGGGCAGCGCAAGUUUACACGGAAAGCAUAAAAAUACCAAUGUCUUUUGUUGGAGUUCGAUGCCAAAGUUGGAAGCAUUUCGAAGCGAAUGCCUGCGAGAAAGAUGAGUACGCAGUCUUGGGCUACGGAUCUUCAACUGCGAGUCGCGGACUUUAUUACUUACGUACUUCACCAAAGUCGCCUUUCGGUCUCGGGAUGGAUGGAGUGAAAAAUAUAGAACCAGUUACCGAUAACUGGUUGAAAAGUUUUAAUAUGCGUGAUUUAAAUAUACCUUUAGUUUAAGUGUUAGCUCAAUGUCGUUGUGUAAUAAAUUGUUGCCAUACUUU